AUGACUCUUGGCGAUUUACAACCUCGCUUAAUCCCCUUUGAAGCCCGACCCACGUUCUCCGUUUCGUGCUUUGCCUUCGCGUCCGUCAUCGCAGAGGCCACGCAGAGAACGUCCAUGAUGCAACACUGCAGUCUCCGCAUGUUCCCAGUGUCCAUGGUGUCUGCUCACAUCUGCCCCCUCCCUCCCUCUACUCCUCUUCCUCUCCUCUUCCUUUCCUCUUACUCUCCUUCUUCGGCUCCUCUUCCUCUUCUCCCUCUACUCCUCUUCCUCUCCUCCUUCUGCUGCUCUUCCUUUCUUCCCUCUGCUGUUCUUCCUCCCUCCCUCUGCUCAUCUCCCUCUACUCCUCUUCCUCUCCUCCUUCUGCUGCUCUUCCUUUCUUCCCUCUGCUGUUCUUCCUCCCUCCCUCUGCUCAUCUCCCUCUCCUCCUCUUUCUCUCCUCCCUCUGCUGCUCUUCCUUUCCUCCCUCUGCUCUUCUUCCUCUACUCCCUCUGCUUCUCUCUCUCUCCUCCCUCUGCUCCUCUUCCUCUCCUCCCUCUGCUGCUCUUCCUUUGCUCCCUCUGA